AUGGCACCUUUUGAAGCAUUGUACGGUCGGAGGUAUAGGACUCCGCUAUGUUGGCACGAAUCUGGCGAAGGCGUAGUACUUGGACCGGAAAUUGUACGAGAAACUACAGAGAAGGUAAAGUUAAUCCGGGAAAACAUGAAAGCUUCGCAGAGUAGACAUAAGAGUUAUCAUGAUAAGCGAAGUAAGGAGUUGGAAUUCGAAGCAGGUGACCAUGCGUUUCUAAGAGUCACGCCUGUGACCGGUGUUGGUCGUGCCAUUUCAGAGAGAGUUGGCACUGUUGCUUAUAGAGUGGCGUUGCCGCCUAACCUUUCAAAUCUGCACGAUGUGUUUCAUGUGUCACAACUUCAGAAGUAUGUCCCAGAUCCAUCUCACGUGAUUCAUAUGGAUGAUGUACAAGUGAGAGAGAAUCUUACUGUAGAGACGAUGCCGAUUCGGAUCACGGAUCGUGAGAUAAAGUCCUUUAGAGGUAAGGAUAUACCGUUGGUGAAAGUAGUUUGGACGGGGACUACCGGAGAAAGCAUGGCGUGGGAAAUGGAGAGCAAGAUGCGGGACUCCUACCCCGAGUUGUUUGAACGAGGGUGA